AUGGUGUCCACACAACAACUGGCUGUUCUGGCCCUUUUUGCCACUCUGUUAUUUGCCUUCAAAAAGCUUUCUGGGAGCAAAAAGGCUGGGAAGCUGCCACCUGGUCCAAAGGGAAUGCCAAUUAUUGGAAACUUACUGGAUCUACCUCCUGCGGGUCAACAGGAAUGCGUUCAUUGGUUUAAACAUAAAGAGGUUUACGGUCCUCUCAGCUCUGUCACGGUUCUUGGGAAGACAAUCAUCAUUAUCAAUGACAGAAAGCUGGCACUGCAAAUCUUAGAGAAGAAUUCGGCGAAGCAUUCUUCUCGGCCUCGGCUUGUUUUUGCCGACGAGCUGUCCGGAUGGGGAAAUGCACCUUCAAGCCAAGACAACACCGCCCUUUUGAGGUCUUACCGACGGGCCAUGGCCAAGAUUAUUGGAACGCGCACUUCUGCAUCUAGAUUUGAUGGGUUGAUGGAAGAGGAGACACAGCGUUUUCUUUGGCGGGUUCUUCAAACUCCCGAAAAAUUUGUUGACCACAUUCGAACUGAGGCUGGUGCUUUCAUUCUAAAGAUUACGUAUGGCUAUAACAUUGAGCCUCAUGGAGACGACCCCCUUGUGAGCCUCGCUGACUUGGCUCUACAACAAUUUUCAAAUGCCAUCGUCCCAGGGGCAUGGCUCGUUGAUAUGAUCCCUGCGCUAAAAUACAUUCCGGAAUGGUUUCCCGGCGCAAAUUUCAAGAAGAUUGGUGCCCAUUAUCUCGAAACCCUGACCAGCCUGGUUGAAAACCCGCUCGCAUUCACCAAAUAUCAAAUGAAAGAGAAGAAGGAGCGACAAUCGUUCACCUCAACUCUCUUGGAGCAAGGUGAAGAUGAAGGUGUCACCAAGUGGUCUGCUGUGGCAUUGUAUGCCGGAGGAGCGGAUACGACUGUUGCCUCUCUUGAAGGUUUCUUUUUGGCCAUGGCGCUGUUCCCUGACGUUCAACGGAAAGCACAAGAAGAAAUCGACAGAGUUUUUGGCAAGGCAUAUUUCCCUACAAUGGCCGACCGAGAGAAGCUGCCAUACACCGACGCAGUUGCGAAGGAAGCUCUCCGGUGGCAUACAGUUGCAAACCUCGGUGUUCCUCACAGAACCGAUGAAGAUGAUGUUGUGGAUGGCUUUCUCAUUCCGCGAGAUGCUAUGCUGCUCCCUAACAUUUGGUCUUUCAACAAUGAUCCCGAAGUCUAUCCCGAGCCUCGCGUUUUCCGCCCAGAGCGAUAUAUCCCCUCUGAAGGACACGAUGUUGCCCUUGAUCCGGCUGAAGUGAGCUUCGGGUUUGGCAGGAGGGUUUGCCCCGGUCGGCAAAUCGCCGAUGCUUCACUUUUCCUCACCAUUGCAAACACACUGGCCGUUUUUGAUGUGAGGAAGCCGCUUGGAGAAGACGGCAAGGAGAUCGACCCACCUCAGGAUUUCACUCCAGGAAUCAUCAGCCACCCAAUUCCUUACAAGUGCAGAAUUACCCCUCGCACCAAGGAACAUGAAAAGCUCAUCGUCGAUUUUGAAAAGUACCAUCCAUUUGAGAACAGUGACGCAGAUGACUUGGAUAAAGCCCUGAGGUCGAGUUAG